CUUCUUAAUCAAGGGUUUUGGCAUGUGCCCUUGGGUAAAACUUACGAUACGAUCAAUUUGGAUUGAAAUCAAAAGGUCCAUGUGAAAAUCAAUGGAUAAUAGUACUUUUCCGGAAGCUGAAGAGUGGCAUUUUGACGUCGGCAGUUGUCAGCUCUAGCGUAAAUACUCUUUUCAUUAUGGAUUCAGAAUCACCACCACGUAAAAAAUUGAAACAAGCUCGCCUUCCAUUUCAAAUUUUGAGUCACAAAGACAGCAGUGCAGACACCAAGUCACCGACCCCCAGUAGAAAACGCCCUCUCAGUGAAGAUUCCCAAGAAGAAGAAGUUGUAGCUGUGAAGGUGGGAAAGAAAUCUGAGGAUACCAAAGAAAAUGAAACAGUGGUCACACCGCCCACUGAAGUUGACUUAGAAAACAAAGAUCAUGACCUGCAGAAUGGUACUAAAUCCACAGAAGUUAAUACAGUAAUUCCAGAGUCUCCAGUGAAGGAGUCAAUUGAUUCUACCAAUGCUCAAACCAAGCCUGAGACCAAGGAAACCAAAUCAGAGAAAAAGUCUGAGCUGCCAAGUUUUCUUAUGAACAUGAAAGCUAAUUUGGCAGAUUUGCUUGAAAAGAAGGUUUUAGAUUUCAAUGCUGAUGUGGGAUCCUGUGAUUGUGGCUGUGAAGAAGAAGAUUCUGCUGGUAGUGCUUUAGAAGAAUACUAUGAACAUUGCAAUAAGAAGAAAGCAACUCCUAAAUCAUCUGAAAAGAAGUCAAGAAGGAAAUCUGGGCACAAGUCGGACUCUAAACAAUCCAGCCCAUCGAAGCAGCCUAAACAGCAAUCCCCGAGGGGUAAAAAGAAGGCCUCAAAUUCUCCAAAGUCUGCGGAGCCUCUCUCUAAAACUGUAACACCUGAGAAGACUGCAGAUGAUGUGCCUGUUUCUGAAUCCAAACUUUCUCCCUUAAAUUCAACUGCUGAGAAAAGCAGUAUUCUUUCCAAAAAAGCUGCAGAUAUGUUUGCCAAGUGGAGGAAACCUUCCAAUGACAUCUCUCAGAAGAGUGAAAAUGCCGCAGAGGAUUCAAAAAAUAUAAAUGGAUCAUCUGAUUUAAAAUCUUCUGGUUUCAGUGUGGUACAUGCUGAGGAGGUGAAAGCAGAGGUGGUAAAAGAUGCGGGGGCAAAAAGCGGUCCUUCAUCCAUUGGGCAUUCACCAAAAAAAUUUAAACUUUCCAAUGCCAGUGAUAACGUGCAGGAAAAAACUGAACUCCAAGAAAGUGUUAAACCGCAACCGAAGUCAGAGAACGAUGUAGUGGAGCUCAGUGACAGUAGCUUUGAGGAGAAGACGCCUCUGAAAGGGAAAAAACCAGAAUCCAAUAGUUCCUUUACAGGUAUUCUGAAGAAGUCAGAUGAAGCAGGAUGUUUGGAUAAUUCAAUUGUUGUUGAUGAAGACAAGACAUUAACCCUCACCCCAACAGGUCUAAGUAAAACUCCGCAGCGGCGUUUAACUCCUAAACAGAUUGAGCGGCAGAAGGAAGUUGCCAGAAAGCAAGAAGAAAAGGAAAAACAAAGACUUGAACGUGAAAACGAAAAGAAAAGAUUGAAACUAGAAAAAGAAGAGCUGAAGAAAAAGGAAAAAGAAGAGAAAGAGGAACAACGGCGGAGAGAAAAGGAAGAGAAAGAGAAGAAGAAACAAGCUGAGCAGGAGCUGAAGAUAGAGGAGAAGAAAAAGAAAGAGCUUCAGAAGGCAGAAGAAAAACGCAAAAAAGAUGAAGAUAAAAAAAAGGCAGAAGAAGAGGAAGAGCGUAAGAAAGCCAAGGCGUCAGCUUUAUUCACAAGUUUUUUUGUUCCUAAGUCCACCAAACCAGAGCGUGAAGAUCCUCCGCCACCAACUGAAACAAAGCAGAACUUCAUGCCCUUUGAAGUUAAAGCAGAUAUGCGAGUGGCUCCACCAGUGAGGCAUACACUCUCAAGUCCUGAAAAGCAAUGCUUAGAUGAAGUAGUCAAACAGGAACUGCCUAAAUCAAAAGAUUGUCUCUACUUAGCCUCUUUAAAAUCUGGUGAAUCAGUUCCUAAAACAGGCUCUAAAACUUGGCCUCUUGAUGAUAACAAAGAGGAUGACGACAUUUCUAUUAUAGAAUCUGAUGAUGCUGGUGUAUUAGUAUCAGAUAUUAAAAAGGUUGAGAAAAUGAGGGCUAAGUAUUUGUUGUUCCAUGAAAAUCAUCGUCCAGCUUAUCGUGGAACAUGGAGAAAAAAGAGCCUCCUUGUUACUGGGAGACAUCCAUUCGGUCAAGACAAGAUUUUUGAUUAUGAAGUGGAUAGUGCAGAUGAAUGGGAAGAAGAGGAGCCAGGAGAAUCUUUGCAUGGGUCUGAUGAUGAAAAGGACAAAGAAUCUGAGGAUGAAUACGAAGUUGACAAUGGUAUUUUCGUACCUCAUGGCUACUUAAGUGACGACGAAGGGGAUGCUGAGGAAAAUGAAGAAACAUUUAAUCCUGAAACUCAGAAGGCGAAACUCAAGUUGCUUGGUGAAGAAUUUGAAGCUCAAAUGAAGAGUAAAACAAGCACAUUAAAACCAAUUAUAAUAGUACUGACUGCUGCAUUACAAGCCUCAUCUUGCUCUGCGAGGUAUCAAAAGCUCCUUGAACGGCGUGCUGUGUGGCAGGAGGAUGAAGGACCCAUUGCAUUGACCCAGUUUAAAAGCGACAAUGACAAUGGAGAGGGUCUGACACUAAAUGCUGAAUCAAACUGUGUCACAUUUAGCUCUGGGCCAGGUGCCAAGAAAAAAAUUAUUGCAGAAGAAGCUAUUCCUGCACUUAUAACACUUGUGCAUGGUAAUCAGAAUAAGAGAGUAUUCCUGACUAAUGAGUUCUCAGCAUUUCUUGGUAAAUCCCAAUCUGGGCAAGUGGAAAAUAUUGAUGAAAACCCUGCCUUGUCUGAAAGUGCAGAACCUCAAAGACCUUCAACUCCAUCCACAUCAUGCCCCAAUCCUCUAUUGCAAAAGUGGCCGGGUCUCCCUCCUGCCUCUAGAAUCUCCAUUUCAAAUAAAAUCAAGGAGAUAGGACUGUGGGGUCCUUGCCCCGAAGAAGGCCCUUUCUAUGGGCGUCAAUGCUGGUAUGUGAAAGAAGAGAUAAGGACAAAAUAUGGAUUGACCGAUCUAAAAUUACCAAAUACAUUGUGGCAUUAUACUUUAAAACCCAAAGUAUUAAAUUAUAGUCACAGUCCAAGUUCGGCUGCGGUGUCAAACCCCACUAGCAGUCGAGCUCUGAUUACUAAUUUCACUAAGGUUAUGACUCCAGAGGAGAAGAAACGACAGUGGGAAGCUAUGAAGAGUCCUGCUCCUAGCACCCCAUCUUCUUCCAAGCCCUUGAGUGCCAAAGGAUCAACUGGAAAAAUUACUGCUUUCACUCAGCAUCUGAACACACCUGGUAGUGCUGAGCCCAGUAAAGUUUCAACAAGCUCUGCAGCUGGUACUCCUACAUCCAAUCAACCACAAGCCAAGAAGAGAGUAGCCUUGCUCGUGUCUGUUCCUCGAGGGCAACAGAUAGCGAGCUCAUCUCAUUGUAGUUUACUGUCCAAAUUUGAAGCUUCAGCUUCUCCUAAGUCCACAGCAGCGGCUGCUGCACCUUCAGAGCCGUCUGUUGCAUCACAGGUACCUGUUCCCUCUGUAGGAACCUCUGAUGUGAAUAUUGCAGAUUCUAAAAUGGAUGAUGAAUGCAUUGUUCUUGAUUAAAGCAUUUUCAAUGUGAUUGUAGCACCAACUUGACCAUUCAUGUUUGUCUCCUGGUGCUUCAUAUUUUAUAUUGUACUUGUACAAGCGUUUUAUAUAUUCAUUAGUCUUCUAUCAGUGUUUUAUUUCCUGCGCUGUGUAUCUUCACUUUUUAUCAUCACGAUUUAAAUUUUUUUUAUCAUAACUAGUUGGAUAGUUUUUGGUUUUAAGAAUCUUUCUGGUUUAUUUACAUCUGUUCAGUGACAGUUUUUUUUAGUGUAAUUUAUUCAAAAGGACAAUCAUAUCAACUUGUGACAAGCAGGGCUAAUUACAUAAAAAAAUAUUUCUAUGUUGAAAUUGAAGACUAGUCACAUUGCAAUUUUAAAUGGUUUAGACUUUAAUCUGUUAAAUUUAUUAUUGGUGAGACUGUUGCAUGAUCGAUGAGACUGUGUAUGGGUUCCAAAUUGGUCUUUUACUAAUUUUAUUUUGUAUGGGACAAUAAAACUUCUGCAAAUAGUUUAUUUUUUAUACUCAAUAUAUUUUCUAAACUACUUUGUAGCAGGGUAAGGUAUCUAAACAGGGUGCAAACCUUUUAAGUUUUACAAGCAUUGAUUAUUUUAUCUUGAAUUCCAUUCCCUACUUUCAUCUUCCAAGGAACCGUUCUUUAAAAUGGCUGUAUUUUUGUACAUUUUCAUUACCAAUGAUGUUAAACUGUUCCUUGCAUGUUCUAUUUUCAGCAUCAAAAAGAAAUAUUUUGUCAAUUUUGUACUGAACAAGAAUUACAGUGUACAUAAUGUUGAAAGUAAAUUUUAAUGUUAUUUUAUAAAUAUUUU